GUGGGGGGCGUGGCGCGGGGCGGGCGCACCACAGUCAGCAGCAAACGAACGGCUUUCACAUAAAUUUCUCGUAUCGAGACACGUCGGAAGAAUGCCGCCAUUCCUCUCGUGUGGACGGCGGGGGCCUGGAAGGGGUGGAGCUGGAGGUGCCCCGCUGGGGGGACGCCCUCCUGUGGGACGGGGCGUCCUCGUCGCCGCGCUUCCAGAGCUUCGACCCCCGCGCGCGCCGGCCGUGGACGUCGCCCGGCGUCACGCUGCUGCGGCCCAAGCACUUCGAGAGGCUGUACCGCUCCGCGGCCCGCGCGCGCCCCCACCGCGGCGCCACCAACUUCAGCUCGCCCGUGCCCAUCGCCGCGCCGCGCCCUUGGAACUCCCUCAACGGCGAUGUCUCCCUCGUGGUUGGGCCGUCUGAGGUCGGCGACGUCGACGUCGACCACGCGCCCCGGAACGGGGUCGCCGUCGGCUACCCAAGGGCCUCGAGGGCCUGCCCGACGACGGCGCCGCCCCCCAUGCGCCUCGAGGAGGCGGGGCCGGGUGCCGGGGCCCGCAGAGCGAGGCUCAUGUCGCCGCUCAGGUCCAUCGCUCGCUCGCUCCGGGACGUGUUGCACCUGCGCGGCGUGCGCGAUCCCGGCCAGGACGUCGAUGUGGAGCACGACGGCGUCCCCGCCCACUUCCUGCUGCAGCCCCAGCACGAGGAGAUCGGCUACACGAGGUUUUACUUUCCUCAGGGGAAGCCCAUCCUCGCCCAACAUCUGGACCUGGUGCUCAAGAAGGUGGCCGCCGCCUUCGACAACUUCCCCAACCAACAAGUGCCCCGGCACCAGUUUGGCGUCAUCACAAAGGCCUGCGACUGUCCGCUGUACUGGAAGGCGCCGCUCUUCAUCGCCUGCGGGGGUGACAAGGCCGGCUACGUGGACGUCAACAGCUUCCUGGACUACUGGAGAAAUCUGUGCUCGUCGUGCCACAACCCGGCGUCCCGCUUCCUGAGCGUGCUGACGCGCGGCCAGCGCGACUACCUGCUGCCCGAGGACUUCAUCCCGCUGGUCCAGGACGUCGUGGAGACGCACCCCGGCCUCACCUUCCUCAAGGAGGCCACCGAGUUCCACUCCAGAUAUGUGCACACGGUCAUCGCCCGUAUCUACUACUGCGUCAACCGGUCGUGGAGCGGACGCAUCUCGCUGGCCGAGCUGCGCCGCAGCAACCUGCUGACCGUGCUCAAGCUGCUCGAGGACGAGGAUGACAUCAACGCCAUCACGCAGUACUUCAGCUACGAGCACUUCUACGUCAUCUACUGCAAGUUCUGGGAGCUCGACCGGGAUCACGACCUCUUCAUCGACCGCCACGACCUGGCUCGGCACAGCGACCACGCUUUGUCGUCACGACUGAUUGACCGCAUCUUCUCGGGCGCGGUGACCCGCGGCGGUCGGCACAAGCUGCGCGAGGACCGCAUGAGCUACACCGAGUUCGUGUGGUUCCUGCUCUCGGAGGAGGACAAGACGCACCCGACCGCCGUCGAGUACUGGUUCCGGUGCAUGGACCUGGACGGCGACGGCUUCCUCUCCAUGUACGAGCUCGAGUACUUCUACGAGGAGCAGCUCCAGCGCAUGGACGCCAUCGGCAUCGAGACGCUGCCCUUCGAGGACUGCCUCUGCCAGAUGCUGGACAUGAUCCGCCCCGAGGUGCAAGGCAAGAUAUCCCUGAGCGACCUUAAGCGGUGCAAGAUGACGUCCAUCUUCUUCGACACCUUCUUCAACCUCGAGAAGUACCUGGACCACGAGCAGCGCGACCCGUUCGCCAGCCAGCGCGACCACGACAACGAGGGUCGAGAGCUGUCGGAUUGGGACCGGUACGCCGCCGAGGAGUACGAGUUGCUGGUGGCGGAGGAAGGUGGCCAGGAUCCGCAGGAGGACCUAAUCAUGAACGGAGAUCGCGAGGACCUCCUGUCCCCCAACCUGGACAAGCUGUCGUGGCCGUCGCGGCCCAGCUUCAAGGUGACGGACUUCGAUUUAGACCUGGGCGAGCACAUGGGUGGCCUCGGCGACGACGACGAGGAUGACGAGUCCGCCGAGGACAGCGACGACUAUGCGGGAGACAGCGACGAGGAUGACGAGGAGGGCUCCAUCUAGGAGAGACACUCUUGGGGCUAUGUGGAUGCCACGUGAGUGAAAUCUUCUCUUCGUUUCUUCAUCUUACGCGUAGAGAAAUUCUCUUUGAAUUGAGUCUCACUUUAUGUAUGGGGCUGUUAUGAAUGACCGUGUGUUUAUGCGUGCAAUGGUGUGCGUCUGUAUCUAAGGAGUUAAAUUCCUGUGAUUUGGAAGAUACCCUAAAGAAUAACUUCGGGCCUACUCGUUGGGAAAUGAGAGUACUCAGUAAUGCCAGCAUAAAAUGUUAUUGUUUGAUAAUAAUGUUUCCCGUCUCUGCAUAUUGCUGUGUUUAAUGCAACCUGUAGUUGGGACGGAUUUUUUUUAGAAACAGUGUAGAACCAUUAAAAUGAUAUUGAUAUUUUAACUCACCAUUUAUUGUAAUGUUCGUGCCUAUUCUGCGUGUGCGUACUUGUAACGUUUUGAUUUCCAUAAGAUCUGUGUUAUUUGAGACCUGGACGUGUAGUAGCAUAUUUGUAUCAGUAUUUUUACAACGCCUGCUAAAGUAACGGCCUUCCUGUUUGUGUAAGAGGAGAGACUGAGAGUUGAUGUUGAGGGACAGACUUCACUAGGGUUUUGGAUCCAAACUCACAAACUAAAUUAAUUUGACUAAGAGAGGACGAUAGUAGAUUUUUUUAAAAGUGGAAUGAAGCUUUGUUUUUUAUUAAAAGUUUCUCUCUGCUUUUGUCCAUUAGCUAAUAAGGAGUUUUUCCUUGUCUGGCUAAUAUGUAUUAAAUAUUUACAGAUGUAUGUUGGAUUGCGUCUGUUUUUAUACCUUUCACUUGCGUGAUUUUAGCUGUCAAACUUCUUAGAUGUUUAAAACUUCUGCGAAUACCAAAGAUUAUUUGGAAAUGCAAAACAUCGUUGUAUGUAUUUUUAAGGAGAUUUGUAGAAAUUGUGUAAUUUUUUUAAGUGAUAUGUAUUAUGUGUGUCUGUGAGCAUACGAAAGUAGUACCCGCUUUACUAACACCAUGAGGCACUACUGAUCAAAACUGAUUUAAAUGUCUGCCUAAACAACCCUUCAAACGAUUUUGCACGAUCUUUCAGCUUUUACGCUUGUACGUCAAUGCAUAUUAAUGCAAUAAAAUUGUAUUACCUCUCAACGAACUUGAUGUGCCAUGUGGUGCCAUGACACAACCAUUGUCCCCCAGUGGAGGAUAAAAUAUUUUAAGUUUUAUGAAAAUUAUGUGCCCAGCCUUAAACGGUGCCAUAUUAUGAAAAAUAUAUUUUAUUUGCUUUAUCCCCACCUGGGUGGCUUACCUCCAAGGAUUAAUGCCGGUCUGUGAAACUCCUUGUAAAUAUUUCCCCAAAGUUGUUGCGUUUAAUUUGGACGUCGAAACAGUCCCGAAUUAGCUACUGUUUUGUUUUUUAUUCGUUCGGCGCCGUUCCGACGUUGAAUCAGCUCAACUUGUUGCCAGUAAACUUUUGCCGGUGAUCAUUUUUGUUACUAGCCCAUUUGUUGACUGCUGGUGCAGUGUAUGAACUUUGUUGCUGAAUAUUUUCAGUACAUAUCGAGUGUAUAUAAUACUAAUGAUCUAGUCGAAAUGGGGUCUGUGACCUUGCAUACAAUGCAACCCCUUGUUCUUCCUGUUGUAUAUGUUGCUCUUCUAUUGUAAUGUCUGUAUACAUUUAUGUUAGAGUGUUAUGUUUGUAUGUUAAUUUUUAAAAUAAUUUUUAUGUAUUUUUAGAUGUUAUGUCCAUUUAAAAUGCCCAUUAGGAUAAAGACUAUCACACAUUGUAAUGAAAGGAGGCGUUUUAAUAGGCGACUAAAAUUUUAAAUAUAAUCCAAGUAUUAACAGCUAAUACAAAGAAAUAACGUUGUAUCGUGUGGAAGUCACGUGUGGAUGGUACAUAGACUAUUCGCUGUUUCAAACAAGUGUGUUCGAUUUUUUUUUCAAUAAAAUGUUUUUUUAAGUA